GGUAAGUUGAGAUAGUUGUCAAAUACUAGCUUGUAUGGUUUAAUGCAUUAUUCGAAGCAUACUUUUAGGCUGCUAAAUUGGUUACAUAAAAUUACUAAUAAAACUAAUACAGUCAUUGCGAUAUGCACACGCUAAAGCUUCUCUCAACGAUUUUAAAGUUUUCCAAUGCCAAUUCCACUUGUGUUAGAGGGGGUUGCAAUACAUUUAUUUAUAUAUCAGAGAUGUGCAUAUAUACAUGCACACGCAUGUAGGUGUUUGAGUGUAGUGGGACGUGUAGCAACAACUAUGGUGGCGAUUAUCCGCCAUAUUGACGAGCAUCUUUCAUUUCCUUUGCUGUAUACGCUGCUGCUGUUCGUGGUUUUGUGUGAAAAUAAAUUCCUGCAAAAAGUUAAAAUUGCGAAAAUGUUAAAAUAAUGCAGUAAAAUGGCCGAGCGCAGUUUUAAAAUUGGCCAAAAUGUGCAAAUUGCGGGUAGAAAUCUGCGUGGGCAAAUAGCGUACGUGGGUUUGACCAGUUUCUCACCGGGCAAGUGGAUAGGCGUGGUGCUGGACGAAAAAGAUAAAGGCAAGAAUAAUGGUACUGUCAAGGGCACUACCUACUUUAAAUGUCCAGCUAAUUGUGGACUCUUCGUACGGCCAACACAAUUGAUUUUAAUUCGGGAUAGUGAAACCGAUGAAAUGACAGAGCCAACAGCUUUAGAGGUUGGCGAAAGCAGUGGCAGUGGCGUGAAACCAGCGGGAAGCGAAAAAUUUGCAACAGCUACGCCAGCAACAUCGCACUCAAGCGCUAAAGCACUGGAAAAGAGUGAAAUUAAGAAUCAAAAGUCUGAUGGAUCAACAACAACUUUGCAUAAGGAAGCACCUAAUAGCAACACAGUAGCAAAUUCGAAUGGAAAUCUGCUUAAAGCAACCAAAAUUAAUCAACCGUUGCAAGCGAAUCAACGUGUUAUCUCCUCCAAUACUCAAUUGGAACUAUCCUUUACGGGUGCAACCGUAUCAGUGGCGGCACCAAAGCGCAGCAAAACUACAGUUAGUCCUUCAGAGUCAUUUUGUUGUAUAAGGCAGCGUUCAGCAUUUGUGGAAACAGGCUUUCUGGAGAUACUGCAUACACAAUUCACACCCGGUCACCCAUUACGCUCGCCCACUGUGUUCAACCUCAACAAUGGAUCGCACAGUGCUCUGGCAAUCAGCCCCACAGAGCAAUUGCAACAACAGCAGCGGCAACAACAGAGAUUUAAGGAUUUGGAGGAACAAAAUGCCAAGUUAAAUGAGGAAUUAAAUGAGUUGAAGAGUCAACGCUUAGAAGACAAACGGCGGUUGCACGAACUCGAAAAGAUCCGUUUGCAAAAAGAGCAUUUAAGCGAGUUCAAAACUCAAAUUAUGGAGCAGCAUAGUAUGCUGCAACGGGAACUGCAACGCUGUCGACAAGAACUGAGGGAGGCUACCGAACACAAGACCAUAUAUAAACGUGAACUGGAUGAAGUAGCUGAGAACAUUGAACUGCUCACGUUGGAUAAGGAAAUGGCAGAAGAACGUGUUGAAACACUGCAAAUAGAAUUGGAAACGGCAAAUGAGCGUGUUGAAGAACUGAUGCUAGAUAUUGAAAUCUUGAGAGCUGAGAAUGAUAAUUCAACAUCAGCUACAACUGGCGUACGUACAGAUAAUGGGUUAAAGGAAGAAAUAAUACAGCCGUCAGUGACAGAAAUCAAACGUCUCGAACAGUACAAUCAACGACUGCGUGAGACGGUUGUGCGACUGCGCGAUGUUUUGACACACGAAAAGCAAGACCUACAAAAGGCCAAAAAAGAAUUGGAGACAAAAACAUCUGAAAUCUCAGAACUUAAGAAAACCAAGGAGAUACUUUCGAAGCGCAUCGAUGUAAUGGAAAUGCACAUAAUCGACUUAAAAGAACAAGUAGACGCUGCACUUGGUGCGGAAUCGAUGGUUACAACCUUAGCAGAGUCUAAAAUAGAACUAGAAGAACGUGUCAAAUUAUUGGAGGAGGAAGUAAUGGAGCUCGAAGCCCUGGAAGAGAUUCACGAACAAAUUAUUGAAGGUAACCAAGAACUAGAAUUGGAUUUACGUGAAGAAAUUGAUGCUCUCAAUUUAACGAUCAAAAUGUUGCAAGAGGAAAAGAAUAAUACGCUAGAAACAAUAUAUGAUCGAGACGUAACUAUUAUGAAAUUUAGAGAGCUUGUCAAAACAUUAAACAACAAUAUACUCUCUAAAGAUCCGCCAACAAAUGUAUUGGGCAUUGCUACAGGUACUGGCACUUCCACAUCAGAUGACCUCAGCAGCACCCUCUCCAAUCAGGACGAAACUCAAAGUAUCGACUUUAAUCAAAUGUUCUCGGUGACAAAGGCUUGUGAAAGGGCUAUCGACUCGCGGCUAAAUGCAAUUGAACUCAAACUGUGCAAAGCGCACAUUGGGCACCUUCUAGCGUUUGUGCCUGAGGAGAUCAUGCUGCGCGGCUGCGAAUAUGACAUCAUAUUGGUGCUGCUCUUACUGCAGCGUUUGUAUGAGAAAAUCGAAAUUAUUUGCCACAUAAUCAAUGAAAAGUUUCCAUCAUCCUGUGAGUUUGCCAAAAACACUAUAUUCGAGGGAUUCUCCGUACACCGCUUCGCUUUCCGUUGCAAAUGCCUAUAUGUCUUGCGCAGCCUUAAAAUGGUCAUUAAACAGUUAAUUUUCGGUUUGAAUCACUGCGAUUAUGAGGUGUGCACACAUGCAGCUAUUUAUCGCGGAGAAAUGGAAACACAGGAGAAAUCUAUCGAUGAACUGAUUAAACGACUAAAAGGUGACAUGCUCGAUGAAAAUACACCCAUGGAAUCGGUGGAACGAACUCUAUCAUUUUUCAAUACGCUUUACACCAACCUCAUUUGUUCGCAAAAUCUUACCGAGUUAAUAGACGAACAACAACUCUACGUUAUGCUAGUGGAAGUACUGGAUGUGUGCUUGGACUGCAUCAACACUAAUGCUGGAAUACUGCAUACAAUUAUACAGUUGGGAGAUGAAAAUACCGAAUCAUUUUGGGCCAUGCAAUUUCUAAUGGAAAACGUUAAUCAAUUCAAGCAAAAAUUACGCAAGUUACAACGGAAGCUUCCUUCUGCUGCGGUAGAUAUUUCAGCCAUGCAGCAACAACAAAUACAGCGCAUACAGCAUAUACUAACUACGAAUGAACAUUUCGGCCGAUUUAUUAAUAUUUUAAUAGCAACAUGCAAAGAUGCAACGAAGGACAUAUCAACAAGCAGCUUCUCCACCAAUGGAGAGCGCCUAUGCGACGCAGCCAUCGAACAUAAAAAGCUUUGGAAAAUCAUUAUUACGAACUGUACAAAAUAUGCUGCUGAGGAAAAACCAACACCAAUUGCCUUAUUCCAUCAUUGCAUUCAGCAGCUCGACGAAAUAAUCAAUGAGCUCACUAUUUUCAUCUCGGAGAAUGAGUCUGUGCGCAGCGCAAACAAAAAUACGAUGUUCGUACGCUCGUCGGCUACUACGCUGCUGCAACGCUCAAUGCAAUUAAAACAACAUUCAGAGGAUAUAAAGAGUUUGAAGCACUCAUUGACCGAACGGGAUAAGGAAAUCAAAACACAAAAAUACUUAGCGAAAAUGAAACAGAACGAAUUCUCUGAAAUGCAAAUACGAAAAGAGAUCGCCGAACGUAACUUGUCAAAGGUGCAACGCAGCCAAGAGGAAGCUCUGAUGCAGAUUACGGAAUAUAUCGAACAAUUCGACAAGCUAAUAUGCCAACGUGAGCAUAUAAUCGCGCAAUCAUUCAAUAUUAUAAAAGAAAAACUAUCUGCCAUGGAACAGAACCACGCACGUCUUGAGCAGAAACUUAUCUCACGCAAGGCAGUCAUGAAUAUUUCAACAGACGAAAGUUAUCGCGAAAUCGAAACACUUAAUAAGUGUUUACGUUACGAACGGGCGGAACGUUGUAAGCUGCACAUCGACGAAAUGAAGUUGCGCAUGCGCAGCUUCGAGCCACUAUAUGUGCCACAUCAAAUGCGUAUGGUAGACGCAACGGAAACCCGACUCGCCAAGGAGUUACUAACGCUGAAAAACCAAUGGAUUCUUUCACAUAUCAAAUUAAAACCAGUUACGGAAAACGAACGUUACACGCUAAAACGAAAAUCAAAUGAACUGCUGCAACGUACAUGGAGCACAUAUUUUAAGACACAUCCUCACCGCAGCGCGUCAAAUAAUUUCGGCGAUUUCGGCACGAAAGAUGUAAAUCAAAUAUUUAAUUAAGUUAGUACUUCUUUCACUUCAAAUAUUUAACGGUGGCCUAUAGAUAUGUGAAUUAAUAAGUUUUUUUAGACUAAAUUAGUUUGAUGCUAAGGCAGUGAUUGUCGUAGUUAUUGGAAAGUAAUAUUUUGCUUUAAUUCGCCCAACUCUUUAGCUGUUCGAGUUGAAGAUUAUAUUCUUAUGAAUACUUUUUAGUGAAAUUUGUCUCUAUAAAUAUAACAAAAAGCCUUUAUAAUGUGAUUUGAAUGUGAUCAAAAACACCAAUUAUUUUUUAAACACUAUGGAUUAUUCUAGAAAUGGUGUAUAUGAUUUUCAAAUUUAGUUUUUAUUUUAUAUUCAUUCAUUCAGAAUCAACCAAAAUCCUUCUGAAAACAGUAUUACUUAAAUAUCUCAUCUUUUAAUUGAUGACACCAAAUCAAAUCAAUUAAAAGACCAAUAAUGAUAAUAAUAAAUGAAAGUAUCAAAUAUAAAAAAGAAAACAUUGGAAAUUAAUAGUCUUCUCUAGAAUAUAAUUUUUUAUUACUACCAUUACAUAUCGUCACCUGAAAUGCAAAAUUACAUAUCAUCAAAAAACUGAAAAUGUGUUUUUUAUUGCUUACAAUUUACUACAUAUCGCUCAUUUGCUGCAAGACCGGCAUAAAUCAAAAAACGUGAUUUUUGAGUUAAUGCUGCAGAAUUGUUCGUUAUAUCAGACGUCAGGUUGCGUGAAAAAUUCAUAUGAAGACCUCCUAUCUGCUCCGCUUGAGAAGGGGUGUAAGGUUGGAGUCACCGUAUAAGGUUAUAGUCAGUUGAAAACUUUAAACGCGUUUUCUGAAGAAUCGAUUUUUUGACUUAUACCGGUCUUGCAGCAAAUGAGGGAUAUGUAUGUACGUAUAUUAUGUAUUAUAUUUUUCAUAAAAUUUUAACCUCCCGCUGUCAGAUAUAACCAGUAUAUAAUCACAUUAUAACCAAUAUAUAACAGUUUUAUAACCAAAACUAAAAUUUUGUUUCCAUAUAAGUGAUUUCUAAUAUAUCGAUUUUCCUUCGCCUGUGGACUUGUGGAAAGUGAUGUUACGUUAUUUUGCAUUUUAGAUGACGAUAUGUACUUACAUACAUACAUAUGUAUGUACUAUAUAUAAUAAAUUAUAACAAAUAAUAACUAGUUAUUAUCACCAUUCUUUCAACUAUGGUAAUACGAGUAUAAAGCUAUGUUAUUGGCUUUAUGGAUAUUUAUUAAAUUAUAAAUAUUGUUAUUUACAAUAAUCGAAAAAUUACUCUUUGCUAGCAUAAUUUAGCAUACUUUAAACAAAUUUUUAGUGCAUUUAAUGAAAUUGAGAAUAUCGUAGUUUUAGAAAAAAAACUGGUAGAAUAAACUGGAGCGAAGCUUAAUGAGUGUGUAACACUAAUCAGCAGAAGCAUAUGUACUCAAUUUAUAAACUUAUUUUAAACAACCUACAAAAAACAGUUAUAAUAAAUAAAAGUUAGAUCUUCAUACAGAGUAAUGGAGUAUUUUUUGAAAAUUGCGAAUAAAUUAUUUAGCUUCUUUAA